CAUACGUGCAAGUCGUGCAAGUCAUCGCGGCCACCUCCAUCGCGUGAGAGGUGCGGGUGCGUCCCUUCUCGGUCAGCUCGAUGACCUGGGGAUGCCUUCUGGCCCCUCGUUGGGACGUUCCGCCAUGUUGUCAUCAAUGGCGGAGAAUCCCCUGCUUGGCGUUGCUGACAUCGUGAGGCUGCCUCGCAUGUUCCGCAUCAUGGCGGUCUACUUUAUUGUCUACGCCUUCAUUAGUGGUCUUGUGACGGUGACACGGAGGAUCCAUCAGGGGGUGGAAUGGUACCUGUCGUACGUCAAGUGGCUCUGGGACGGCAAGAACAUCCCGCCAAACGACAAGAGGCCACAGCUGCUGAUGCUCGACAUUGCAGGCAAUGGACAAGAUGCUCACCGCACAAUGGCGGCAGCGGCAGGAGAGGGUGCAAGGGACCCUGCUGCAGGCCAUGAGGAUCAGGGGAGCAAGUCAGCUCAGACUCAGCCGGCCCAACCGGCGGCCAUCAGCCCCAAGAUGCGAGGUCCGCCUGUCUCAUUGGCACAGAGAUUGUCGACGGUGAAAAAGCGAGUCCUGACGGGAGUUGGGCUCGGCUUGUUUGGAACAGCGUGGGUGUUUUCGGGCAACGCAUUGUUCACGAUGAUUAUCAUUCUGCAGUGCAUUGUCGCUCAACUUGAGUAUUACCGAAUGGUCAGUGAGUGGGAUGGAUGGGAACUGGGGGGGAGCCAAACAUGACGCCGAUGCGUCGAUUGCAUCGUGAGAGUGCAAACAAACGUAUUGCUUGGAGUGUGUGCAUUGUUUGUUUGUGCGUAUGUAUGCGUUCAGUGCAUCUUCAAGGGAAUCUAUCCUGCCCGCCGGAUCAGCAUGGUCAGCUCUCUUAUUCUUUAUACCAUGGCCUGCUACGCGCCUCAGUACCACGAGCUGGUUCUUCCUUUGUCUGGCACGGCAAUCAUGGUGUGGUUCUUACUCAUGCGGCCGUCACCAGGCACGAUAUCUGAGAUAUCCACCUCAUUCAUGGGGCUAUUCUGGUGCUCCUAUCUGCCCUCAUUCUGGAUCAGGUUAAGAUUCCUCGGUAGGCUGCAGGCACCACUGAACUGGAAGGCACACAGCACUGCAGACAAUUUCACAAUUGCCUGGUGGUGCCUCUCAGGACCAGUCGAGAAGACCAGAUUUGUUGCGCUCUUGAACCUUCGGAAGUGGUAAGUGAGGGUCCUGCGACGACGCACACGUACUGCCCACCCGACAACAUCUGUCGGCUUGUCGUUUCCCACUCAGGUACCCCCCAUGGCUUCCCAAGAUCACUCCGCCUCCCGAUCUGUGGACCCAAGGUGCGGUUGUCACCUGGUGGACCUUUCUGUCGAUAGCUAUGGGCGACGUCGCUGCAUACUUCCUGGGUACACGAGGAGGGAAGAACAUGCGCCUGAAGGAAGGAAGAGUCAAGACGAGACAUCUGUAUGUCGCUGUGCACAGGCAAGUCCUUCGGGCGACGCAAACUUGCGUCGAUUAGUCCUGCUGCAGGGGCUGCGUCACCCAACAAAACGGUGGAAGGAGCCCUUGGUGGCCUGCUUAUGUCGGUGCUCAUGUCUUUGCUGGGUGCGUGGCUUAUGCAUUGGCCCAUCUGGCCCUUUACAGGUACUUCCCAUGAAUGCUCGACCGCACGUGCAUACAUCCUGACGUCAUCCACGAUAAUGGGUUCCGUUGUCAGGAGCCCUCUAUGGCACGAUGCUUGCGGUCGUCGGUCUUGUCGGCGACUUGACAGCUUCGACGUUCAAACGAGACGCAGGCCUAAAAGACUCAGGACACAUUCUGCCAGGUGAAAGGGCAGACAACCGGUUGCUAGCUGGCCACUAAAUCACUCUGCUGCUUCAUUUUGCUCUAUCAGGCCACGGCGGGCUUCUUGAUCGUGUUGAUUCGUACAUGUUGACGGCGACACCAUCACUCAUUUUCGUGCAAUACCUUCUCCCCGCAUUGCGAAAAAUAGUCGCGUAGCAGUGUGUUGUAGGUGUUGCCUCUUUGUCGUGUCAAUAUGAUGGUGCUUUCGUUCGGAUUCAUCGACGGACGGCGGGCUGUAGAUCUGCAGAACGCAACAAUACACACGAAUACAUCACGCCCACACGACAAUCAGCAAUGCCUUCACUCAGCCUGCGUACGUAUGUGUUGAUGGCGUGCUGCUUGGCCUUGGCCAUCACGCUCCAUAUAUAUAUGGAUCACGCU